GUGGGACCUCUUUCUAUUGCCCUCCUCUCAGGUCGGUAUGUGUCUACAUGGCGGUGGUUUUUCGAUGCGUUGCGGCGACUGCGUUCAUUUCCAGCAGCUCUGUGUGGAGGUUGCUUGUUGCUGACUAUCAUUGGCUCCAGUCUGUGAGAGGAAGGGCACCAGCCGUCAAACAUCACAGUUCAUCAGUUCCACACUCAGCCUCUGGGUCCAUAAUGAGUAAAAAGCUGCUGGUAGAUGUAGACUGUGGGGUGGACGAUGCUCAGGCCAUCAUGUUGGCGCUGGCUGCCCCCAACGUGGAGCUCCUGGGUAUCACCUGUGUCCAUGGAAACACCACAGUGGAGAAUGUGUGUAAGAACACACUGCGCGUUCUGCAAGUCUGUAAUAAACUCGAGAUUCCAGUGUUUAAAGGUGCUGCUAAGCCUAUUCUUGGGAAAAGGAUUAGUGCGGGACACUUUCACGGACAGGACGGGCUGGGAGACGCUCCUGACCCCCAUGCUCCCGGUCUGGACCUGGUUCAGAAGGAGGGCGCUGUGUCAGCCAUGAUCAGGAUUGUCAGUGAAAACCCAGGAGAGGUAUCUCUGGUUGCCACAGCACCCCUCACCAACCUGGCUCUAGCUGUGAGGAUGGAUCCAUCUCUGCCGAGCAAACUCAGAGGGCUAUACAUCAUGGGAGGCAACACUGAAUCUCGAGGAAACACCACAGUGUGUGGUGAGUUCAAUUUUGCUGCUGAUCCAGAAGCUGCUUACAUUGUACUGAACGACUACCUGUGCCCCACCUACUUGGCUUGCUGGGAGUUUACCUGCUAUAGCAAGCUGCCCUGGGAGUUUUGUGAUACCUGGCUGGCACUGGACUCCGAUAAAGCUCGCUUCAUGGCACGGAUCUUCCGCCACAGCAUCGAGGCAUCACAAAGUGAGCGGGUCCAGAAGGAGCUUGUCGCUGGCACAGGUUUCAUUUCCUGCGACUCAUACGCCAUGGCAGCCGCCAUAGACGACUCAUUCAUACUAGAAAGCGACCAGUAUCCAGUUAGCGUAGAGCUGACGGGCACACACACCAGAGGCAUGAUGAUAGUAGAUACUGUGGGCUUCAUGAAUAAGUCUCGCACGGCUGUCAUCAUUAAGAAGGUGGAUAUGGAGAAGUUCAAGCAGAUGAUGAUGGCUGCUUUGAAAUAGCACUUUUGAGUGUGGUAAGGAGACAGGAGUGACCACCAUGUCUCUUUUUCUCUCCACACAUUGUACCUCAGUCUGAAGGGGAUUGUUUUUUUAAAUGGAUUUGUGUUCUUGCGGAAACUCUAGUCUGACAAUUCACAAACCUCAGCUAUUUCUAUUUCCAGUAAUAAAUCAAUAUACUGUGUAUAACAAAUAGACUACUAUAAAACCGUGUAACUGACAGCAAAUUGUAACUUUGCACUGUUUCUAGCUGAAAGGGCCAGGGCAAGGACUUACUAUAUAUGUGUACCUCAAUUGUUUGAGGACAUCAUCAUAAAAAUAGCUUUGUAAUACAUUAAACAUCCUAUGAUUCCGUCGCUUUUUUUAAAAUCACAUUAAAUGUUGAUAGAAAGUC